CCAGAGAACCCGCAGCGCCCGCCAUGGCCGUCUCCGAUUCCCUCGCGCAUCCAGGGCUGGCGAUCGUGGUCAUGGGAGUCAGCGGCUGCGGCAAAUCAACCGUCGCGGCAAUGCUCGCCGAAGCCCUGGGCUGCAGCUUCAUCGAAGCAGACGACUACCAUUCCGAGGCAAACAAAGCCAAGAUGAGCGCGGGCGUGCCGCUCUCCGACGCCGACCGCGCGCCGUGGCUGGAGUCGGUGCGGGACGCCAUCCGGGGGCGGCUGGACGGCGGCGAGGACGUGGCCGUCAGCUGCUCGGCGCUGCGGCUCGGGUACCGGGAUGUGCUCCGCGCGGCCGACCGCGCCUACGAGCCGGGGCGCUACGCCGCCUGCAGGGUGAGGUUCGUGUGCCUGAGGGCGCCGGCGGAGGUGCUCGCGGAGAGGGUGCUGCGGAGGUCGGUGGAAGGGGAGCACUUCAUGCCGGCGAGCCUGCUGCGGAGCCAGCUCGACCUGCUGCGGGUCGACCCCGCGGAGGGGGUCGCCGAGGCCGACGCGACGGCGCGCCCCGACGACAUCGUCCGCGACACCGUCGCCCUGUUCAGGGACGAGCUAGCGGUGUCGUCCGGCGUCCCUGCUUGACUUGUUUCUGGAUGCGAACGCGGUGCAGUUUCAUGGUUUCAUCCCAUGAUGCAGUCAGUAUUCAUUCAUCCACCAUUAAAGAACCUCCGUGCAGUCGGUUCGAAUUAAAGCCGGUUAUAGACUCGUGCAGCUGCAACCUGUAUAGAUAAAAACACUAUAAAAACAGUAGAAAUUUAUACGAAUUAAAGCCAA